CUCUAUGGUCCUUGUGGGUCCCUUCCAUCUUAGGGUAUUGUAUGAUUCUAAAAACCUUGGAGCUUAGAGUUUCCCAUUAUACCAGUUUUUCUCAUUUUUUUUAGGUUUAUGUAUUGGUAAUAUUUUUUAUAUCACAUGGCUUUAUUUUAAGGAAAAUUCUGUUGGAAUUCAGAAUUUUAUUGUCUUUAGACCUAUUCUUUCCACCAGAAUAAGGUUUUAAUAACUUCUAGGAGGAGCUGAAACGUGCAGCCUCCUUGUUACAAAGGAUCUGACCAACGUCCUCUGGACAGUCUUCCCGCAGUGCAUUCCAGCAUCCCUGCCUGGCUGUGAUGUUCCUGCCCCUGUGACAGCGUGGCAGGAGGGAAUGUGUCAGGACAUCAGUUAAUCACACUUACUGUGUGGCACAUUAGCAUGAGCUGUCACUGGGGGACUGUGUUAAUGCGCCAGGCUGUGAGCCGGGGCAGCACCUUCCCUUCUGUGAUUCCCAGUCAAAGGAGCUGUAAUUUCCGAGGGAGGAGCAAAACGAAGAGGCAACAAUGUCUUCAGUUGCUGCAUCCAGGCUCCUGAGAACCUGCUUGUCAGGACACAAAGAGCUGCCUUCACUUUCACAGGAUGCUGAGGUACCUGAAGGAGUUCCGCACGGAGCAGUGCCCCCUGUUCGUGCAGCACAAGUGCACUCAGCACCGGCCCUACACCUGCUUCCACUGGCACUUCGUGAACCAGCGCCGCCGCAGGUCCAUCCGCCGCCGCGACGGCACCUUCAACUACAGCCCCGACAUCUACUGCACCAAGUAUGACGAGACCACGGGAAUCUGCCCAGAAGGAGAUGAGUGUCCCUUCUUGCAUAGAACUACUGGAGACACAGAGAGGAGGUAUCACUUACGCUACUACAAAACUGGAAUCUGCAUCCAUGAGACAGACUCCAAGGGAAACUGCACGAAGAACGGAGUCCACUGCGCGUUCGCUCAUGGGCCCCAUGACCUGCGCUCGCCGGUGUACGACAUCAGGGAGCUUCAGGCCAUGGAGGCUUUGCAGAAUGGUCAGACAACAUCUGAAGGAGGCAUAGAGGGUCAGUCUGCGGUCGCUGCCAGCCAUGCCAUGAUAGAGAAAAUACUCAGUGAGGAGCCAAGGUGGCAAGAUACAACGUAUGUGUUGGGAAAUUACAAGACAGAGCAAUGUAAGAAACCCCCUCGGCUCUGUCGCCAGGGUUAUGCCUGUCCCUACUACCACAAUAGCAAAGACAGAAGAAGAAGUCCAAGAAAACACAAAUACAGAUCUUCACCAUGUCCCAGUGUGAAACACGGAGACGAGUGGGGAGAUCCCAGUAAGUGUGAAAAUGGAGACUCAUGCCAGUACUGCCACACUCGCACAGAACAGCAGUUCCAUCCAGAGAUCUACAAAUCCACCAAAUGCAAUGAUAUGCAGCAGUCUGGCAGCUGUCCCCGAGGACCCUUCUGUGCCUUUGCACAUGUAGAACAGCCUGCCCUCAGUGAAGAUCUGCAGCAAUCCUCGGCCGUGUCCAGCCCCACACAGCCAGGGCCAGUGAUGUACAUGCCGUCGGCAGCUGGGGAUUCUGUUCCAGUCAGCCCUUCCAGUCCACAUGCCCCAGACCUUAGCAAUGUGUGGAAUAAAUCAGGAACUCUGCCAACUAGCCCCACCUCCACCACAAUUCUUUGUAGGAACAGCAGUCUUGGAAGCCCAUCUAAUAUAUGUGGGUCUCCUCCCGGUGCCAUUGGAAAGCCCCACAGCUUGGAGACCAUUGGUUUUCCUCCAGACUCAGUAACAGCAGCCGGCAGCUACAAGAAGGCACCGGGGUUUGAGCGAGAAGAUCAGGUGGGGGCCGAGUAUUUGAAGAGUUUCAAAUGCCAGCAAGCAAAAAUGAAGUCCCACUCACUGGAACACAGGAGCCAGGAGCAACCUUUGUUACAGCCCAAACAGGACAUUCUGGGUAUUCUCCCAGUGGGGAGCCCGCUGACAUCCAGCAUCUCCUCUAGUAUCACCUCCAGUCUGGCUGCAACACCCCCGAGCCCUGCUGGCACCAGCAGCAUUCCAGGCAUGAAUGCCAAUGCCCUUCCCUUCUACCCAACCAGUGACACCGUUGAGUCUGUCAUAGAGUCUGCCUUGGAUGACCUGGACCUGAAUGAAUUCGGAGUGGCUGCCCUGGAGAAGACAUUUGACAGCAGCACAGUGCCCCACACGAGUGGCAUCAUGAUAGGUGGGAGUUUGCUGCAAAGUUCUGCUCCUGUAAAUAUCCCCGGGUCCCUUGGAAGCUCUGCCUCCUUUCACUCUGCCUCUCCUUCUCCACCGGUCAGCCUCUCAUCGCAUUUCCUCCAUCAGCCCCAGGGACACUUAAGCCAAUCAGAAAACACGUUCCUGGGGACAUCAGCUUCUCAUGGAUCAUUAGGUUUAAAUGGGAUGAACAGCAGCAUAUGGGAACACUUUGCUUCGGGGAGUUUUUCGCCCAGUACCUCACCUGCAUUUCUGUCAGGUCCAGGUGCUGCGGAGCUGGCACGGCUACGACAAGAACUGGAUGAGGCCAACGGCACAAUAAAGCAGUGGGAAGAGUCUUGGAAACAAGCCAAACAGGCUUGUGAUGCUUGGAAAAAGGAGGCAGAGGAAGCAAAUGAUCGCGCCAACACAGCUAACAUGGAAUGUGAACUGGCCCGGGAGCAGAGGGAAGCCUUGGAGCUGCAAGUGAAGAAACUGCAGGAGGAGCUGGAGAGGAUCCACACAGGCCAGGACCCACAAUUCCUGCGCUCCUUCUCUGACCUGGAGACGCUCUCGCUCUCGUCGCUUUACACCCUUCAGAAACAACUGCGGGCAAACCUGGAGAAGGUCGACAAGGCGGUAUUUCAGAUGCAGUCAGUGAAAUGCCUUAAGUGUCAGAAGGAGAACCGGGUGGUGUUACCGUGCCAACACGCAGUGCUGUGUGAAACCUGCGCCGAGGAGGGGGGCGAGUGCCCCAUCUGCCAUCCCAACAGGCCCCACUCUCUCCAGUCGUGACCUUCCAAGGACACUUGUUCUAAUCAUAUCGUAUAGAACUUUUUAACUUUAUACAUACGUACAUAUAUAUGUAUGUGUAUAUAUAUAUAUGUAUAUAUGUGUGUGUAUGUGCGUGUGUGUGCAUGUGUAGGGAUAUGCACACGCAGGCACAUACACACAUGAAACAAAAAAUUAGUUGCAGAGCACUUUUUAAUAUUUUACAUCCCGUAUCUAAACUGCCCCUCACCCGUGCCCCACUAAUUCUAACUCUUGAUGAACUUUGAGAGCUGUUUUUAAUACAGAUCAAAGGGCCGUUUGCAAAGAGUCUGUGUUUCUCCUCUUUUCUAUUUAGGUGAUAACAAAUUUUUUGACUAUUUCCAGAAGGACUUAGAGUGGGCAAGAGGGGCUUCCAUGUGCUUUCCAGAGGAAGAGUUGAGAUCACGGGGAGGAUCGAGGUGGAUUGAAAUGACUUGUUCAUGCCUUCGGUCCCCCUGCUCUUUCACUGACCCAGCUUGGUUAAAGCCGUCCUCCCUGAUGGAAGCUCUGCCUGGUGGGCCUCACGUUGCCCAUCUCUGAAUGUGCAGGAACUUUGUCUGUCAUUUAAGCAGCAAAGUUCACUUUUUAAAUUUUUUUACGCUCUUUGUAUAUUUGUAUGAAAAGAAGAAAAGAGGGAAAAAAAAAAUAAUUCUAUUGGACCUAGAGCAAGCCAAGCCCCAAAAUUCAGUGACUGGUGUUCAUUGCUGAUACAGCCAACAUGUUCCAGGUCUGAGCAGCCUUAAAAGUAUUGCCCUUGGGUCAGCUAAAGCCCUUUAUGAAGGAAAUUUGGAUGCAGAGGUUAGUUCUCUCCAGGCACCCCUUUGUCUGGUGGCUGUCUAGAGGUUUUUUACUGUUUCAGACCAGAUCAGUUUUGUUUUAGCCACAGGGACCUGAUUUGUAGUCACUGCUGAAGUGCAUGAAACAGUUCCAGGUAGGCUGAGUUUUGUUAAACAGAGUUGAUGUUGCCUGUGUCAGCAGCUCAAGGUUGGUUUGUGGACUGCUGGCUCCAGAAAGCCUCGUGUUAGAGGUGUGUGUGGUGACAGAAAGUCCAGCAGGACAGGGAAAUGCCACCACCUUUUCCUGUCCAGCAGCUGAGCUUUCCCAUGAUUUUUUUUCCUUACCAGUGUGUCCGUUGGAUUUUCACAUCAGGUGGAUUGCAGUAACCUGCUGGGAUCUCAACCAAAAGGCCACUCAGUUGGACUAAACAUUUUUAUUUUGCACAGGGAUGCUCCCGUGCUGCCCCUCCCUGACCUGGAAAAGCACUGGAACCUCCAGCAGCCCACUAUUGUAGGAAAACUGAAUUUUUACCAGAGCCUCUCAGAAAGCUUCAUAUUUAAUACAAACACAUAAUUAGGUUUGCUUCCAUAAUUCCACCUUUCCUCUCCAUGGAAGGGGUUAAUAUGCAUUCCCAGAUGAUCUCUUAAGUGCAGCUCUGUGUAGUUCUUUUUUAUGUUUUCCCAUUAACUUGUUUUUGGGUUUUUUGGUAAAAAUGCUUUUUUUUUUCCAUGUGUAUUUUAUUGUAACUAGCAUCAUUUUUUUUUAAUUUUUUUUAAUGGAGAGACACUGUUGAGUGACUAUUGUGGCUAUGUUGUUUGGUUAUAGCCUUUGAAUGUCUGUGCCAUGGGGCAGCACAUCUGCCUUGGUCUGAUCUUAAGGAAAGACCUUUUAUUAAAAUACGUGAACAUUUCUCUUUUUUUUAGGAAAAAUAAAAAAUAAAAAAAAAAUUUAAAAGUGGGGGGGGGAGGAGGAAAAAAAGCCCAAUUAAGAUAAAAAAAUUUACUAAAAAGUUUUUUUUGUAACUAACUUAAAUCAUAGGAAAUAAACUCUUGAAUCAGGACUUUAAUAUUUAUAAGCAGCAGAGCUGAUCAGCCCGUUUUGGCUAUGGUUUGUAACACUUUAUGAGCGUGGGGGUUUUUCUGCUCCUCUGCCUCCCCGGGGGCUGCUCAGGGUGAUGCUGCCUUUGGCCAACCCUCUGUUUUCAGAUCUGUCCAGCACCAGCCCUGUGACUGCAACAAUUCCCACAGGGGCUCUUCACUUGUCCCUUCAGCUGGAAUUUGUCCCCUGGUGGCACCUCGGGGCUGUGUCCCUGGGAAUUCCAGUCACGGGGUGAUGCAGGGCUGGGGGGUUGAGGGGGAAGAGCUGUUUGCCCCCAGUUUCCAUGGGGUGCAUUUGCUUAGGCAGGGAGGGGGUACAAGGAAAAUUCCAGGCCAGAGAAAAUAUGUUUUUCCCUUUUGAGUAAAACAGUUUCUCUGUUUUAAAAUUUAUACUGAAGGACCAAAGAAUUCAAAAUUUCACCUGUUUGUGGCCCUUAAAUUUUGACUUUCCAUUGCCACACUGCACUCAUGGCAGAACAGCCUGAAGGAAUUAGCACUCGACCCUUCCCUUGCCCCCACCCCAACCUCUUAACACUCUCUUUGCACAAGCACAUAGACUGUUUCUCACUUUCCUCUGGUUCUUGAAGCAACACUUCCUAAAUUUAGGUUUUUAUUAAUUUGUUUGCUGCUUUAAAAAAAAAAAGAAAAAGGAAUAUCUGAAAUGUGAAUUUAUUUUCUUAAGCAUCAGAUGGAAAAGAGAACUUCAUCUUUGCAUAUUUUGUGAAUGUUCUGGGGGGCCACUUUUAUGACAAUUUCCAAACCAAAUGAGGUGAGAGCAGGGGGAAGGGGCAGCAUUCCUGACCCACUCCAGCAGUUUUUGCUGCCUGCCCUAGGCAGGAAGGACAAACCAUAAUCACAGCACUGCAGUUAAGGCUUAAGAGUCUGUGAUCAGCUUCUGUAUGGUGUGAAAAGAGCUGAAAUAAACCUGGUGCUAAUAAGUGCAGCCCCUGUCACGUACUGUCAGGCUUCCUUCUGAAGCAGGAACUCCCUUUACAGGACACACAGUAACACGUCAGAACUGAGGGGGCUUCAAAACGAAGUUUGGGUCCACGAGGCUCCCUGAGGAGCAGCCCAGCCCUGACCACGGCUGGGUCCUGCCUCCUCACACAGACUCCUUAUUGGAUAAUGACAUUUUCCUCCCCCGAUUUUUGGGAGCUUCAGAAGUGUUGAACCUCUGUGACUAAUGGUGCAGGUCAGGCACUUCUGAAUUAAGAGCUGGGGGAAGGGAGUUGUGGUUGUGUUGUGAAACCACAGUAUCCUAAAGGUCAAUAAAUUUUUACAUUAUUAUGGAAAACCAGUCUAGAAGCAGCUGGCUUAGGACAACACUAUGCUGGGUAGAUGGAGAGCAAAAAGCAAGGCUGGAGCUGUAGAUGAGAGCCAGGAGCUGAAGGAUUUUAUCAUUUUGGGCUAACAGGAGCACUUUUAGCUCAUCUCCAGCCUUAGAUGCUGUAGCCAUGUGCCAGCAGUGGCAAAGACCCGGUGACACAGGAGGGACCUGGGAAAGGUCUCGGAGCUGGAGCACAUUUCCUUAAGCAGGUCCCCACCCCUGGGGGGGGUCAGUGCAGCUGAUCCCCUGCUGAAGGGUUUUACACUUUCUGUACAUCUCUGAAGCUGAACCUGAGCCACUUGCAAGGCUUGUGCAGCUGAGACAAUGAAGAGAAUUCCUUACCCUGGGAGGAAGCCCAUAACACUGAAUGGACUCAGUCAUCCAUUGCUGUUCCACCAGCCUCCAAACCUCCUCUCUUCCUCCUUUUCCCCCAUCUGAGAAGGAAGAAUAUUACCAGUGUUUUCCUCCAGAGUUGUAAUAAUCCUUGGAGUGAUGGCCAACAGCAAAAUAGAUGUUACUGAUGUAAAACCUAGUAUUUUAAAGGUGAAAUAUUCCUGCAAAGUAGUGACUGCAUCGGAGAGAUUUCUGGGGCUUCCCCACUCCGUAGCUUCCAAUGUUAAAACAAAAUAAAUACAGUAUACGUUUUAAAAAAAAUAAUAAUAAUACACACUGCAGUAUUUCUGGUGGCAAUUCUUGCCCAGUCCCUUCCCUGCUUUCCCCAGGAGGAAGGGCACUGGGCAGAAGCGCCCCUAGUCCGUGUAGAAGUUGGCAGAAUGGUGAUCAGUGGUGUAAAACGUGUUGUUGAUUCCAUGUAUAGAACUGUGAUUUCAGCUGUCGUUCUCUCGUACUCUGUAAAUAUGUGUUUUGGCUGUCGGAAA